AUGAACGGCAGCGCCCCGCAGCCCGAGAAGUCCUACUUCGAGCAGCAGCGCGAUGCGCUCGUGGGCGAGAUCGCACAGAGCCUCGAGCAUGUGCUGCAGAAUCUGAACAAGCUGAAUCGGAGCUUGGAGGGCGUUAUUGCGGUAGGGAACGAGUUCGGCUCUGUCGAAGCGCUGUGGUCGCAGUUUGAGAAUGUGAUGGCGAAGGAGCCGGAGACGGAAGCGGGGACACAGGAUGAGGAGAGGGAAGGUGGGGAGAGGAAAGCGAGUGGGCAACAGGAAGGAAAGGCGUGA